AUGGCUGUAUCUAAAUCCAUAAUCUUCGUGUUCUUCACAUUCUUGGCCGUUUCCUUGGUUUCAUCUGACCCAGAUCCACUUCAAGACUUUUGCAUUGGAGAUCUAAGCGCCAGGCCGAGCAUCAAUGGCUUCCCAUGCAGGAACGCGUCGCUCGUCACGGUGGACGACUUCAUCUACAGCGGGCUCGUGAACUCCUCCAACACCACAAACAUUGAUCGCGCUGGCGCGACCUUUGGAACAGCACUGAGAUUUCCGGGCCUCAACACUCUGGGACUCUCCAUCGCCAGGCUCGAUUUCCUUCCCGAGGGGAUCAUCCCUCCACACACCCAUCCCAGAGCCUCGGAGAUGGUGUACGUCGAGGAGGGGAGCGUCUACGCCGCCAUUGUCACCGCGGACAACCGCUUGUUCGCUCGUGUGAUGAGCAGGGGCGAGGUGAUGGUGAUCCCGCGCGGAUUGAUCCACUGGCAGAUGAAUGUCGGCCGGACGAACGCCAAGAUCAUCGCCACACUCAACUCCCAGUUCCCCGGAAUCCAGUUUGUGGCGAGGUCCAUGUUUGGGUCGCGGCCGGCGGUCCCUGACGAGGUGCUCGAGAAGACUUUCUUCUUGGACGCGGCUGCAAUCGAUCAAGGAGCUUUAUCGUCUAAGAAGCAAGCCUUAGGGCCAAUCGGCCACAACUGCUACGCGGCUAACAACGAAGUGAGCCCCACGCACUUGGGUGGGAAAUUUAGCAAUCAUGAUGUGUGGUUUCUGGUCUACUUACGAAACCAUCGCCUCUGGGUGAUACUGGAUUCGGAAACCAUGCGUUCUCAAGUGGAAUAUCCGAACGCGUUGGGCAACGCGUGA